GCUGAGAAACACCCCACACACUCACACCAAGUGAGGAGAGGCUGCCAAGGAAAGGGAGGGACGGAACAAGGAGAGAGAAGAAAGGAGGGGCCGCCUGGCCGGGCUGCUGUCCCCCCUACAGAGCCAGCUCAGAUUCAGUUCCAGGAGCAGCUUGGCUGCGGAAGCAACGGCAGUCCCUCUCCUCCAGGGAAGGGCAGCAGGCGGACCGGCACACAGACAGAGGGCCUGGGACUGGAAGUCCUCAGCCCCCAGCCUCUUGGCCAAGCCCGGCCCCAUGGCCUUCAAUGACCUCCUGCUGCAGGUGGGGGGCGCCGGCCGCUUCCAGCAGAUCCAGGUCACUCUGGUGGUCCUCCCCCUGCUCCUGAUGGCCUCCCACAACACCCUGCAGAACUUCACCGCCGCUGUCCCCACCCACCACUGCCGCCCGCCUGCCGACACCAACCUCAGCAAGGACGGGGAGCUGGACGCCUGGCUGCCCCGGGACGGGCAGGGGCGGCCCGAGUCCUGCCUCCGCUUCACCUCCCCCCAGCGGGGGCCGCCCUUUCCCAAUGGCACAGAGACCAAUGGCACGGGGGCCACAGAGCCCUGCACCCACGGCUGGAUCUAUGACAAUAGCACCUUCCCUUCCACCAUCGUGAUGGAGUGGGACCUCGUGUGUUCUCGUAGGGCCUUACGCCAGCUGGCUCAGUCCUUGUACAUGGUAGGGGUGCUUCUCGGAGCCAUGAUAUUCGGGCACCUGGCAGACAGGCUGGGCCGCCGGAAGGUGCUGAUCUUGAACUACCUGCAGACGGCUGUGUCAGGAACCUGCGCCGCCUUUGCUCCCAACUUCCCCGUCUACUGUGCCUUCCGGCUCCUCUCGGGCAUGUCGCUGGCUGGCAUUUCCCUCAACUGCAUGACACUGAAUGUGGAGUGGAUGCCCAUCCACACGCGGGCCUGCGUGGGCACCCUGAUUGGCUAUGUCUACAGCCUGGGCCAGUUUCUCCUGGCUGGUGUGGCCUAUGCUGUGCCCCACUGGCGCUACCUGCAGCUGCUGGUCUCCGUGCCCUUUUUUGCCUUCUUCAUCUACUCCUGGUUCUUCAUCGAGUCGGCCCGCUGGUACUCCUCCUCUGGGAGGCUGGACCUCACCCUGAAGGCCCUGCAAAGAGUGGCCUGGAUCAAUGGGAAGCGGGAAGAGGGGGCCAGUCUAAGUAUGGAGGUGCUCCGGGCCAGUCUGCAGAAGGAGCUGACCCUGGGCAAGGGCCAGGCCUCGGCCAUGGAGCUGCUGCGCUGUCCUGCCCUUCGCCGCCUCUUCCUCUGCCUCUCCAUGCUGUGGUUUGCCACUAGCUUUGCCUACUAUGGGCUGGUCAUGGACCUGCAGGGUUUUGGGGUCAGCAUCUACCUAAUCCAGGUGAUCUUUGGUGCUGUGGACCUGCCUGCCAAGCUUGUGGGCUUCCUUGUCAUCAACUCUAUGGGCCGCCGGCCUGCCCAGAUGGCCUCACUGCUGCUGGCAGGCAUCUGCAUCCUGAUCAAUGGGGUGGUACCCCAGGAUCAGUCCAUUGUCCGAACCUCCCUGGCUGUGCUGGGGAAGGGCUGCCUGGCUACCUCCUUCAACUGCAUCUUCCUGUACACUGGGGAGCUGUACCCCACAGUGAUCCGGCAGACAGGCUUGGGAAUGGGCAGCACUCUGGCCCGAGUGGGCAGCAUUGUGAGCCCACUGGUGAGCAUGACCGCCGAGAUCUACCCCUCCGUGCCUCUCUUUAUCUAUGGCGCUGUCCCCGUGGCUGCCAGCGCUGCCACUGCCCUCCUGCCGGAGACCCUGGGCCAGCCACUGCCAGACACGGUGCAGGACGUGGAAAACAGGAGGAGAGGGAAGAGGAGGCAGCAGCGACAGGAGCAAAAGCAGAUGGUCCCGCUCCAGGCCUCAGCACAAGCGAAGGACGGACUCUGAGGGCUGAAAAGGAGCCUUACGGAGCCCUGAAGGAAGACAGGGUCCUACAGGUCCUGGGUCGCUCACAGGAGAAGGGGGAAGGGGGAAUGGUGGCCCAAGUGUCGGGGCUAUGGUUCAGGGAGCACUCCCCAGGGGCCCCCCCUCUCUGAAUAGACGCCACGAAGACCGCAUAUUAAAAGGUUUGUGCGCAGCA